AUGGGACGGUUCUCACUACGGCGAGCGCAUGAGGAUCAGACAACGGAUGAGGAAAUCGAGUACUACCAACCUGAAACCGGCCAAACCCUGCAGCGCUCCAGCCUCCGAAACCAAGGCGAAUCGGAGAGUGAUGCAGAGGGGCCACAUCACGGCGGCGCGGGGGGAGCGGGAGGAGGAGGGGGAGCUGGCGGCAGAUCUGUGGCAGAUAGGCUGCGGCGAACCAGCGUGGACUUCGGAAGGCGCAUAGCGGUCGGGCCAGCUCAGGCCUCGAAGGCAGCGGACACGGAGGUACGGCAGGAGGAGGCGGCAAAGGCGGAGGCGGAGGCGGCGGAAGCGCAGUGCCAGCAGCGGGUUCGGGAGCACCAGUGGCACCGUUACGGCAAGCCCGGAGGGUACGGCAACCAGCAUGAGGGCCCCACGGAUGGGGGCAGCUCCGAAGCCGCCAUGCUGGCAAUUUACGAGGACUCAGCUGAUGACGUGGCGUACGGCACCGGCGCUACGUUAGCGAGCCAGGGCAGCGCCGCCGCCGCCGCCGCCAGCGCCAUAGGGGCACACCCCAUCAGCUUCAGCCCGGAUCUGAGCACGCGUACGUCACCCAACGGUUCUCAGGCUGCCGCGACGUCCCCAACCACCACGAGCCAGCAGGGCCGUGUCACCCGCGGGCUCUCCCGCCUCAAAUUACCCACUACGCUGGGGUUCCGCUCCGGAACCAGCUCCAGGGAGUCAACUGAAACAGGGGACCGUGGUGGUGGCGGCGGCGGCGGCGGCGGCGUUCGUGGCCACAGCUUCACGAUGGGCCGAACGUCGCCGUUUGGCAACAUGGGUUCGGGGAGGCUGACGUCGGUUGAGUCCCCCUUGGCGGGCCUUAUAUCUCGGUCGCCGCCGGGCAGCGGCGAUGCUGGCGGCGGUGGCAGCGGCGGAAAGGGGAGUUUUACGGGUUGGCGGGCUAAGAGCUCGAAGGCGUUCCUUGGCAGCAGCGGCGGCAGCACCGUGACGGGCACGACGGCCCGCUGGGGUGCGGAGGGGACCAAUCAGAGGGUACAUGGGAAGGAUGGCGCCUUGGCGGCGGCGGCGGCGGCAGAGCUGACGGACGGGGGGGAGUCGUCGCAGCGCAGUACGGCAGCUGCGGCGGGAGCGGCCGCGGGGGGAAUCCGCUCGGUCGCUAUGCAGAAGUUGCGUCGCACCGUGGGCCUUAUCCGAAUUGCUCUGGCGUUCAACUUCGGGCAGCAGCAGCAGCAACAGCAGCAGCAGCAGCGCCACCCGCGGAGACGGAGUUUGGAUCGCGAGUCCACGGGCAGCAAGAUACCGCUCAGUAACAGGUAUUUUGACGACGACAGCGACGAAGCGGAUAAUGUGGGUCAGUCCGACCCCGCGCCUGAACCGCCGUACGAGAUUGGCCUGGCCUUACCGCCGCUGCCACGUGCGUCUUUCGAGUACACGCUAGAGCAGACAGCGCCGGCGGCGGCAACGGCGGUGGCGCUGCCACAGGUGCCGCCGCUGCCGCAACUGUCUUCCAUCAAGUCUUGCGGCGGCCUAACUGUUAUGCCGUACAGCACCCACCAGCCCUCCCGCUUCGCGCCCAAGGGUGCCGCUGGCGGGGACUCCUCGCGGUCUCUGAGCCCUGCCAGCACGCCGCCGGCGGCUCCAGUACGUCCGCCAUCAUUACAGAGGCUCUCCUCCGACACCGACGACAGGGACGGUUGUCGUGACGGCAACGGCGACGCCGCCGCCGCCGCCGGUGGAGCUGGUCAACGGUCUCCCGGAAAGACGGCGGAUACGGUAGCGUCGCCAAGGUCACCAGGCGAGGGGCGAGGGGCAUCAGGCGACGUACGGCGGCGGCGCUUUAAGCAGAGUGCCCUUCUGAGCAGCAACGGAGACGUUCAGCCGCUUCAGCGACUAUCCCUGGAGGUGACCGUACGGAACCCCAUGACAAGUGACGUGGAGCUGGAAGAUCUAAUCCAGGACACGAAAGAGGCGUGUCCAAUGGAGAUCCAAACACACACGUCCUCAGCUUCACUCCCAACCCCAGCCCCACACCCAGAUCCAGUUCCAAAUCCAGAUGCAAGAGCAGGGGCAGCUUCCAGCAGCCGGGGUGGCUUAGCACCAACAGCAUCAUUCGCCUCCGCCUCCGCUUCCGCCUCCGCCGCGAGUGUGGGUGCGGGUGCGGGUGCGGGUGCGGGUGCGGGUGCGGGUGCGGGUGCGGGUGCGGCCGUCGAGGGGCGACUAUUCACCGUCACAGAGCUGCAACCAACCACUGCGCUGACUGUCGUCAACGUCGUACCUUCCCGCCGUACCUCCAUGCCGUCACCGUUUCAGGAGCAUCAAGCCACGGAGUCGCUUCAUGCCGCCGCUGCCAGCGAAGGAGUCGGCGGCGGCGGCAGUGGUGCUGCCGGCGUCAGCGGCGGCGGCGGCGGCGUGAAGGCGCAUCCCGUCUUCCAGCGGAUGCAGACCUCAUGGGAGCUGCCCGACGUCACGGCGGCGGAUCUUGCCGUACAUGGCAAGCAGCACAUGUCGCUACCGCCGCCGGCAGCGGCGACGUCGGUGUCGGUGCCGACGCCGCCGGUGGCGGCGCUGUCCGCGACGCGGCUGCUUGGUCCGCAGCAGCGACAGCAGCAACAAAAGUCGGCGAGAUCGUCCGGCGGCGGCGUCGGCGGCGGCGUCAGCAAGACGGUGCAAUUGUUGUUGCAAAAGCUGAAUGCACUGCCACCGAACCUGCGCGCUGAGAUUAUCACGCAGCUCAGCGGCCCGUCGGAAGUACGGAUGCUUUUGUCGCAGUCCACGGCGCCGGCGCCGGCGGCGGCGGCUGAGACGGCGAUGGCGGCGGCGAUGAUCGCGGGGGGCAGCAGUUUUGGGCCCCACCGUUCUGCUACCUCACCGUUCGCGGGCGCAACGGGGGCGGCGGCGGCGGCGGCGGCGGGGGGGCCGGCGGGAGGCCCGGAGUUCCAGGCCGCGGUGACACAUUUCGCCGACAGCGCAGGCAUCGCCGCCUCCGCUGCCUCCGUCAGAGGCGUCGCCGUCACUGGCGCUGAAGCGGCGGCUUACAGAACACAGCAGCCGAAGCAGAGAUGGGAUGUCAGCGACCGGAAGACCGGGCACCAUGCCCUCCUUGCUUUCCAUCAACAGCCGCCACAGAAAUCCCGUUUCACAGGAGCUCCUGACGGAGAUCUCCGCUGCAGCGGCGGCGCAGUACGGCACCUCGCUGCCGUACAUACCCCUUGCCGCUUCUUCCAAUGCCGCCGCCCCCACUGCGGCGGAUACUCGCCCAACUCCUUCGCCGGCCGCUGCCGCCGCCGCCGGCCGUCGCCGCCAGAUAAUCUCGACCCGCGGGUCGCGGCUGCGCUCCAGGCGGCAGGAUUGCAAGUCAAUUUCAGCAGUCCGUCAGCACCCGCCGUCGGCGCCGCCGCUGACGUCAGUGAUGUAGUGCCUCCGCCUCCGCCAGCGGUACCGUUGCGGUACCGGCCGUCUGGGAAGAACACCUACCAACCAACGAGUGCGGAGAUAUUAUUGGCCAGAAGGACAACACAGGAACGGUCAACACAGGGCACAGUGUACGGCAAGCCUUCGGAGCAGUGGAACUCGAUGGGGGCAAUGCCUACGCCGCACAGGCCCGGAGCCGUACGCAGCGACGGCGGCGGCGGCGGCGACGGCGGUGCUACUGCCGCCGCCGUGAAGCUUUCGCAUUCGCCGUCUUCUCAGCCACAGCCUUGGCCAAUUAACCCGGUCGCCUUCCGGCAACAGCAGCAGCUGCCGCCGCAAUACCCCAAACGUGCGCUGCAUGCUCAACAAAACGCGGACGAACAGCACUUGACCCAGGACGUGCAACAGCCUCCACGGCAGCAGUCUGUACGGCAGGGUCAAGUAGUCGAAGGCAGGGACGUAGGUCCCGUCGGGGCAGCCCUAGCGGCGGCGGCGGUGGCGGAAGAGGAGGGUCUGGACGACCGGCGAGCGGCGGCUGCGUGGGAGGAGAAGCAUCAUGAGGUCCCGACGUCACCGCAACAACCGCCGCAACAACCGUCGCAACAACCGUCGCAACUGCCGCCGCCGCAGCAGCAACCACGGUCAGCUUCCCCUGCUCGCGCUUUGUUGGGCUCCCUGAUUCGGUCAAUACGGUCCCCGUCCAAGUGGCCGUCGUCGCCGUCGCGAUCGCGUCGUAACUCCACCGCUGGCGUUACGUCGGCGACCGCGAGUGCAACCGCCACGACGGCGACGGCAGCGGCGGCAGCGGCAGCUGCGGUGGCGGCGGCGACGGCUUUUGUAAACGAGUCCACAUCCGAGCCUCAUCAUGCUCAGUCACACGCCGCCGCCGCCGCCGCCGCCACUGCUACUGGUGUUGCUGCUUCCACGCGUUGUGGUUUCAGCUUCGGCGGCGGCGGCGGCGGCGGCGGCGACGCCACCGCUACGGGUCCUCGAAGGUACUGGCAAUGGAUUGUCAUAUUGCCGUACAGCUCCGCCGGGAGCUGCAGGACAGUCCGCAAGCGGGGAAUACGACAAUCUACCCGUCAUCCCGGGAAACGGCGCAGCUGGCGCCAGGGCCGCCGCCGCCGCCACCACCAUAACUUUACGGCAAAAAGGAAGCAGCGUCGAAGACCAGCCGACGGAAGAGAUCGCCGACGAGCUGGAGCCCUCCAGGGCGCUGUUGUUGUUGCUGCCCCGGGGGGCCCUACGUCGGCGGCAGCGGCGGGCGCGGCGGAGGUGCUGAACGUCCCGACGCCAGACCUAGCGUCAUGGCAGCCGCUGCCGCUGCCGCUGCCGACGCCGCAUCUUCGUGACGCUCGCGCCGCGAACUUAACCGCCGUCGGCAAUGCAAUGCUCUCAGGGGCGUACGGUGGCGGCGGCGGCGGCGGCUGCGACGCAACGGCAGCGGCGGACGGCAGGGCCACCGCCCCGGCGGCGGUGCUGCUGCCGGCGGAAGCCAUCCGCCGGGGGGAGCUACAGCUACAGCUACAGCUACAGCUACAACAGCAGCAGGCGGGGCCCCAGCGGCUAGGGCCGGCGGCGGCGAUGCUGUUGGGUCAGCCAAGUGUCAGCCGGGCUCUUCUCUCGUCCCACCCGAUUACGUGUGUGGAUGUUGGCGCAGACGGCACAGAAUGA